AUGACAGAGCUAUCGGCGAUCGGGUUCAGGCUACCGAAUCUAGUUCAAACUGUUGAUGUAUUCGCAACGGUAGCUCGUUCGGUUGGCGCAGGCGCGCCCGUGGUUGGAUCUGUUGGUGCAGGCGCGUCGGCCGAUGCACUGGGGUUGAGAUUAAUGCGAUCUGUUUCAGAUCCAGUUCGCACCGUAGGAACUGCUCCGGUUGGAGCGGACGAAGUUGUUCCGACUGGAACGGAAUGGUUUGUUCCGGUCAUGUUUGAAGGGUUUAACCCUUCGGAGUUGGUGGAAACGGGGAUCCGUGCUGGCGCGGUUGGAUCCAUUGACUUUCUAACUGGCUUUACUCAGGGCUUCUGA